UAUAAACUUUGUAAAAUCGAUCGAUCGAUAGAUCAUUGACUAUAGAAGAACGAGAAAUGAUAGGGAUAGAUCUAAAACGAAUUAGUUCAAAUCAUAUAGAAAUUAAUACGUGCAAAAAAGAACUUAUACUGAACAUUAAUUUAGGCAUUAAUCUUCGGUUCCUGGAUUAUGAAAAGUUUUCGUGAAUAACGAAUGGCCUUUGGGUCAUCAUCGCUCAAUCGUCGCGGUUACAACACCGAUAAGAAGGUGUCGUUGCUCCGAAUAAUAUCAUUGCCGUUCUUUUCAAUCGCAAAAAUAAUCUUUCAAGGAUCAUACGUAUACGAUCGUCCAGAACGACCGUAGCGAUGACGACAUCGCUAUCGAAUCGCAAUAAAAUGUUUUUUUUCGUUGAAGCGCGAGUAACUAAGUAAGUACGUGCCGAGUAAAACGAAGGAUAAUGAUAAGUCGCAUGCGAUGUAAAUCGGUUAUCGGCAGCACCAAUGACCGAGAGAGAGAGAGAGAGAGAGAGAGAGAGAGAUCGAAUAGCUACCGGUUAAACAUCUUCUAAAGAAUUGAAAAAGAAGCGGUAUAUUAAUUAAAAGAAAAGAAACAAUAAUUAAUUAAUGAUUUAUCAUUGUUUUUUCUCUUCUCUUUUUUUCUCAUGUUCUUCUUCUUUCUUCCUUCGUUUUUUCUUUCUUCUUUUUUCUCUCUUUUUAAAUCAUAAUAUCCACGAACGAAGUGACUCACCCUUAGAGGAGAAACAGGUAGGGAACGGAAGGAGAGCGCGCUUUUCGCCAGUUAUGGCGAGGAUGGACGAGCAUUUUGCACGGCCUGUAGGCCGGUAUCGUUUGUCCGAAUGCGGUUCCCCUUAUUUGGACAGGUUGCACCGUACCGGACGAAUAAAUAUACACAAAUGGGUCAGACGUUCUUCGUAACGUGGUUCGUGCGUAUUUCGUACGAAAAUUCGUCGUUCGAUUUUACGAUUCGUGAAAGAAAAAUCUUGUUAUCUCGUAUAUUUACGCGGUGAUACACGUCUAAAUCGUUAAGUAAAAAAGAAAAAAGAAAAAGAAAAGGGAAAAAACAGAAAAGAAAAAAGAAACAUUUUCGACAGCGAGUGACGAUCGGCGAUCGUAAUUUCGUCGAUCGUUCGUUAACAAAAUACUAUAUUAACGAAACGGGAUAAUAUAUACCUCAACACUUAGAAAUGUAUCCGCACAAAAAUUGUUACGUACAAGUUCGUGCCGUAUGAUCGGACUUCGUAAGUUAUAAAACGUGCAUGGAGGUCAUUGGUUGAAAUAUUAAACAUUUGACACAUCGAGAUUACGAAAGUACACGAAUGAGCGAUCGCUCGAUAUCAGGACGUUCGACGGACCGAUGAACCAAUCGUCGAGGCCUCUGUCGAGUUAAAUAACAAUCAAAAUUAGAAAUGGAUAUAGAACUAAAAAUUCGCACACUUCCUUUCGACAAUCCGCACAAUAAUUAAAUGCGAAAAAUAAGCGAGAGUAACGUAAUAUGAAGGCGGAAGAUAUGCCUUAUGGCAGGAGGAUUCAGUAGACGAAAUGUUAUCGGAGCGGACGACACGCUCACUAGCGCCGCAUCGCGCCGUCUGAGUGCUCGAAGCGGUUCUCUGUGGCGCGGAGCCACAUUUACCCCCACUAUUCGGACAGGGACUCUCUCCGGACUUUGCGGGGUCCGUCGCGGGGGGCCCGAGGGUUUGGUCCGCCCUCGCACCCUCGCUCGUGUUCUGCCCACCACCCUCGUGGCUGGCGAUCGUACUCUUUGCCCCUCCCCUGUCGACCCCUCACCACCGUUCGACGUAAGCCCGAAUGAUCUUCUCGGUGUGCUACUGCAAACGUUGCUGUUGCUGCUGCUGCUGCUGUUUCUGUUGCUGCUGUACUGUGCUAUGCUGAGGUGUUCUGUGCUCUGCCGUACUCUGUUCUGUCGUGCUGUACUAUUCGAUCGUAUAUCGUGUCGCUGUACUGUGCCAUACUGUCCUGUGCUCUGUUCUGCUGUACUGUUCUAUACCGUGCUGUGCCAUUCUGUACUCUUGCUGCUGCUGUAGCUGCUGCUGCUGCUGCUGCUGCUGCUGCUGCUGCUGCUGUAGCUGCUGCUGCUGCUGCCGCCGCUGAUCUACGGGGCGCCCCCACCCCGCCGCACAGAGGGGCCGCCGUGGGGCCGCUGCCUGAUGAGUCACUAUAUAAGACAGGCAAGGACAAGAAGGUGUAUGUUAGUACACACUCAAUCCUCCCGUGGCUCGCACGACUCCCGACGUGACGAGCGCCGGCGAAUUCGGCUGCGGCUGUGACCGACUUUUUUCUCUCUCUCUCUCUCUCUUUCUCUCUCUCUCUCUCUCUAUCUAUCUAUUUAUCUCUUCUUCUCCCUUUCUCUCUUUUUCCUUUUCUCCUCUCUUUUCCCUCUUCCUAUCUCUUUCUCUCUCUCUUUCAGUCUUAGUCUCAUAUCACCUAUUCCUCUCUCCGUCUCUCUCUCUCUCUCUCGCUCCUAUCAGUCUCUAUCAAGAGCUCUCUCCCCCUCCCUUUAACCAACUCCAUAUAUCCUCUCUUUUCGUUUGGCGUACUCCUGAUCGUUUCACGCGAGAGUGGCGAGCGAGUCGCCGACGAGGAUCGGUAGUUGAGAGAGUAGUAUCACGGAUUGCGAUCCUCCGAAACGCACGCGCACGCUUUCGAGGAUCGGCCGAAAGAGAGGAGAGUCGCGUGCUAAUACGAUAUAUCGGGAACCGGCCUUUUCGAUCUCUUUUCUUUUUUUUUCUUUUUUCUCUUUUUUCGUUUUUGAGAAAAAGAGAGGAGGCCUCUUCCCUCAUUCAACAGUAUAUAUAGAUACAUAUAUAUAUAUACACGUAAAAUAUAUAUAUAUACACACGCACAUAUUUAUAUAUAUAUAUACAUACAUAUAUAUAUAAUUGGUGAUACCGCGAAGCAACAAACACUUGAGUGUAUCGUUUCGCUACCGAUCGAUUGUAUCGAGUAUUAGUUAUCGACUAUCGUUCACACCACAACCGGGAUCUAUUUAUCGACGAGAAAAAGACGAACUCGACAAUAUGUUGGUGGAACACGCGGCACAGUGGAUCUGGAAAGCGAUGGGCGGCACCAGGAUCGAGGCUCUAUACACCCUCCUCGUGUUCUUGGGUGUACUCCUGAUUGUGAGGUGCAUUCAGUGGCUGAGGUACAUCCGUACCCUACCGCCCGGCCCGUGGGGCGUGCCAGUCUUUGGCUACCUACCUUUCCUCAAAGGGGACGUCCACCUACAGUACGGCGAGCUGGCAAAGAAGUACGGCUCGAUGUUUAGCGCACGCCUCGGCACACAACUCGUCGUUGUUUUAAGCGAUUAUCGCGUUAUUCGCGAUACUUUUCGUCGCGAGGAGUUCAGCGGUAGGCCGCACACCGAAUUCAUCAACAUUCUCGGUGGAUACGGUGUCAUUAAUACCGAGGGUGCUAUGUGGAAGGAUCAGAGAAGGUUCCUCCACGAUAAGCUUCGUAGUUUCGGCAUGACUUACAUGGGCGCCGGAAAGAAGAUCAUGGAGUCUAGAAUUAUGAGAGAGGUCGAUACUUUUCUCCAAGGUUUAUUGUCGAGACAAGGAGCACCGACGGACGUAUCACCUUCCCUCGGCAUGUCGAUCAGCAACGUGAUCUGUUCGAUCAUCAUGGGAGUUCGCUUCCAUCACGGCGACUCGAGAUUCAAAAGGUUCAUGGAUCUGAUCGAAGAAGGAUUCAAACUUUUCGGCAGCAUAGCCGCUGUUAACUUCAUACCAGUGAUGCGUUAUCUUCCUUGUCUUCAAAAAGUCAAAAACAAGAUCUCACAGAAUCGUGCCGAAAUGGCUGGUUUCUUUCAAGAAACGGUCGACCAGCAUCGAGUCACCUUCGACGAGAACAACAUUCGCGAUCUCGUCGACGCUUAUCUCUUGGAAAUCCAGAAGGCUAAGGCCGAAGGACGCGAGGCACUGCUGUUUCAAGGCAAGAAUCACGAUCGUCAAAUGCAACAGAUCCUCGGCGAUCUUUUCUCCGCCGGCAUGGAAACGGUCAAGACCACUUUGGAAUGGGCAGUGAUUCUCAUGUUGCACCACCCAGAGGCUGCUAAAGCGGUACAGGAAGAAUUGGACCAGGUAGUCGGAAGAUCGAGAAUGCCGGCAUUGGAAGAUCUACCGUUCCUUCCGGUGACCGAGGCAACGAUCCUCGAAGUUUUAAGAAGAUCGAGCAUCGUUCCAUUGGGAACGACUCACGCGACUACAAGGGAUGUCACGUUGAACGGUUACACGAUUCCAGCUGGUUCUCAAGUGGUACCCUUGUUACAUGCAGUACACAUGGACCCGGAAUUGUGGAACGAGCCAGAGGAAUUUCGUCCUACUCGCUUCCUUUCCGCUGAAGGAAAGGUCUGUAAACCGGAGUAUUUCAUGCCAUUCGGUGUUGGUAGGCGGAUGUGUCUCGGAGACGUGCUCGCGCGCAUGGAACUCUUCCUCUUCUUCAGUUCGCUCUUGCAUACGUUCGACCUUAGGCUACCUGAGGGCGCCUCGUUGCCGAGUUUGCGCGGUAACGCAGGUGUCACAGUUACCCCGGACCCGUUCAAGGUUUGCCUAUUUCAAAAAAACCUCGAUCUCCUCGAGUGCGACGCGAACGAGCCUAGCGGGCCACUUCGUAACGUUGGUAGCCUCUGAAAGAGGAAGCGGCUCGAGACGAUCACGGUUGUUGUUCCUAUCGCUUAUCGGAGGAAAUGAACUUUCGUGCUCCUCGCCUAGCGUGUGCCGACGGAGAGAGAAAGAAAGAAAAAAAGAAAGAGAACGGAAAGAGAGAAGAACAUAAUAUUUCAAACUCGUCCCAUCCAAUCUAUCGACGAGUACGAAAGGAUUUCGAUCCUCUGAAGAAAGAAAAAUACGGAUCGCGCGAGAUAAGGAAGAAGAAGAAGGAGAAGGAGGAGGAGGAGGAGGAGGAGGAGGAGAAGAACGACAAAAGAAAAUAUGGAUCGUAUAAUAAGUUUCUUCUCGAAGCUAAAAAACUCCAAAUGAGAAAACA